UUUAAAAAAAAAACGCCUAACAAAGAUAUAAAUAUCACUGGGGAGUGGGGACACUAGAGAUGAGAGAACAAUGGGCAACGCUCAGUCCCCUUCCAGCGAUCCUCACUUCGUUUCCGCCACCAGAGCAUUCACGCAGAAGGAGCUCGAAGAUCUCAAGGCCCUGUUCGUGUCCCUCGCCGCCCAGUCCCAAAGCAACGCUCAAUACGUCUCUCCCUCCGUUUUCAAGGCGUAUUUUGGAAUACAUGGCCCUCUGGGCGACCGAAUGUUCGACGUAAUCACGCGGAAUCGUAACGACGAAAGACUCACUUUCGAGGACCUUGUCACUGCCAAAGGAACUUACGAGAAAGGAACAAAAGAUGAGAUCGAAGAGUUCAGUUAUCAGUUAUUAGAUGUCACCGGGGAUGGCAUUUUUGGGAGGUCCGACGUAGAAGCUGUGUUAAUGGUAAUGCUUAAUGAAAUACUAGGUUCUGAGCUGGGAUCAAAUCCACAUCAGGAAAUUGUUAGUAUUUUCCUUAAUGCUGCAAAUUUCUCUGAGAGUCGUGAAGGAUGUGCUCAAAGUAGUAUGUCUUUUGAGGAUUUCAGAAAAUGGUGUGCCGUUCUCCCAUCAGUCAGGAAGUACCUUGGAAGUUUGUUGUCACCAUCUGGUCCAGGGAGACCAUGUUCCCAAGUUCCUCAACUGCUUGAGCAGAGUAUGGAGUCGAAUUUGUUAUUGUUGAAGAAGGAAUAUGCCUGGCAUAUAGGUGGGGCUCUUUCCCAAGAAGAGCUGGAUGAAUGGAAAUUGUUGUAUCACAGUGCUUUGAAUGGCCAGAGUUUCAACACGUUCAUGGGCAGCAUAUCAAAUGAUGAUGGUCCAACUGUGUUGAUUAUCAAGGAUAAAGAAGGUUAUGUAUAUGGAGGCUAUGCAUCUCAGCCUUGGGAGAGGCAUGCGGAUUUCUAUGGAGAUAUGAAAUCUUUUCUCUUUCAGUUAUACCCGAGGGCUUCUAUUUUCAGGCCCACUGGAGCAAACAACAAUUUACAAUGGUGCGCUGUGAAUUUUAGUUCAGCGAGCAUUCCCAAUGGCAUAGGCUUUGGAGGGAAGGUGAAUCACUUUGGUUUGUUCCUUUCAGCAAACUUCGACCAAGGGCACACCUUUGCAUCCACUACUUUUGGCAGCCCCUGCCUCUCAAGGACCAGCCAAAUAUGCCCAGAAGUGAUAGAAUGCUGGGGUGUUGUUCCGAAAGGAGCCCAGCAUGAAAGGCUAGACGCAGCCAAAGGUACAGUGCUGGAGCGAUUUAAGGAGGAUCGCCAUAUGCUUAACAUGGUUGGCCUCGCAAAUUCCAGCGAGUAACCCUGGCACGAUUUGGUAUAAACUCACACCUUUGCUUGGAGUUUGAAAUUGGCGAACCUAUCAUUUACAUGGUUAGGAGUCAGGAGUAUGUACAAGUUUAUUAUGCUUCUGCUUGCAGUUUUGCUUGGUGAACAUACCAUUUACAUGGUUAGGAGCAUGUAUAAGAUUAUACUUUUGAGGCUUCUACAGUAUAACUGAGUGAAAUCUGAACAAGAUUGUUUAUGCUGAAGGAAGUAUUUUAUUCA